CUGGCGGUAUAAAAGCGUAGCCUAGCGUCAUCUACCCAAACCUCGCAAAACUUCCUUGAGAGCUGGGUAUGUGUGAGUGUUUGCAAAAAUUAGCUUUCUUUGUCAUUUGCAUUAGCUGCAAUUGUUAGGAAUCGCUGGAUUCAGGCAAAUGAGACAGAUCAUUGAGCGUUGUUAGCCAAGAAAUAGAAAAACGUCAGUCAUGGUAGCGAUGUCCAAGAGUGUAAAGGUCUUUGAGAUCGUGUUCAAUGAUCCGUCAAAGACGUUUUACAGCAGCGGAGACAAAGUGGCCGGGAAGGUGUUGGUGGAAGUGUGCGAGACGACCAGAGUGCUGGCGAUGAAAGUGCAGGGGGUCGGAUGCGCCAAGGUGGAGUACGCGAAGGGAAAACAGAAAUGUCGCGAAGAAAUCGACUAUCUGAAAUACGAUGACGUCGUCCAUCUGGACGAUCACCCUGCAGACACCGAUGGUUCAGUGGUCCUCCGCCCUGGGAACAAAUACGAAUAUACUUUUGGCUUUGAACUUCCACAACACGGGCAGCUGGUGUCCUCAUACAAGGGCAAGUUCGGCUGCGUGCAGUACUUCGUGACGGCUAUUAUGGAAAGGCCCGCUCAGGCUGCCCUCGAGUGCAAAAAACACUUUGACGUGGAAGAGCCUCUUGACGUGAACACCCCAGACCUUCUGUCUCCGACUGGCGGUAUGAAAGAGAAGAAGGUGACAUGCAUGUUUAUCCCAGACGGCCAGGUGUCUCUAAACGCCAAGAUCGACCGGCGGGGCUUUUGCGAAGGCGAGGAGAUUUCCAUUGAUGCCAAGUUUGAGAACACCUGCUCUCGCAUCGUGGUACCCAAGGCUGCCAUUGUGGCCAAGCACACCUACCAGGCCAACGGGCGCACCAAGCUCUUCAGGCAGAAGCUCUCCUCUGUCCGGGGAAACCACAUCAUCUCUGGCAUGUGUGACGCCUGGCAGGGCAAGACCAUUCGCGUACCCAAGAUCAAGCCCUCCAUCCUGGGUUGCAACAUCAUCCGUGUGGAAUAUGCCCUCAUGAUCUAUGUCCACAUCCCAGGUAGCGAGAAGCUGGUCCUGGAGCUACCCCUGGUCAUUGGCACCGUGCCCUACAAUGGCUUCUCCAGCCGCACCAACAGUAUGAGUAGCCAAGAGGGCACGGCCAGCAUGUCCUCGGCCAGCUGGCUGUCCAUGAGCAUGCCGUCCUCAGCGCCGCCCAGCUACUGCAAUGUGACCCGUGACUUCUCCUUCGACCAGCCACUCACACCCCUCCUGAAUGACUAUGAUGGUGGAGACAGCCCUAUCUUCAUGAACUCCUUCCCGUUCCCACCACUGCCUGCCUACUCAGAGGUGGAGGAGGAGUACAACGGCAACACUCAAAUGCUGCCCGUGUACUGAACAGUGCAGUGACCCCCCCCCCCCCACAUCUGAUGCUCUGCAUCAAAGAGCCAGUCAUCACUCCAGCCUCUCAAAUAUUCACCAUUCAGGAAAAGGGACACGGGAGCUGUGUCGAGCCCUCCUUGGGACCGGCAUUCCUGGCCAGAGAUGGCAGAGAGGCCUAGGUUUGAAGAAAUAAGUCCGUAGUAUAGAGUCUUCCAUGCCCGUGCAGACUGCAGUUAUCUUGCAUUGCUUGAGAAAGCCGUCUUGAGUGCACGGUUGGGCCAAUUGUUUCAGGGCCUGAAUAAGCACAAAAAGUGUGGCAGUCUUUAUUUUAUUAUUGUGUACAAGCUGCUUUUCUUUGUGAGCCCUGCUGAGACAUGACUAUAUACACAUGUGGUGUCGUUGCUUUAAGUCACUCCAGCACUUGGCCCAAAGGGGACCAAGCGCGUCCUAAACGUUCCUGGCUCCUCAGUGAUUCAUCUUUUAGCCUUUUUGAUUGAUUUGAUGUUCAGUCAUUACCAAUCAUUCCAUCCUAAACUCCUGUGAUGGAGGGGAGUUUGAGUAAGCAUUGUUAUUUUUCUGAUCACGAAUCUGAAGCCAGUUGGGGGUAGUUUAGUGGUAGAUGUGUAAAUGAAGGUCAGUAUGAGAAGGCAUUGUUAAUUUUAAAUUUUUCCCCCCCUUUGCACCCUGUGAUGGGGCAGUUAUGCUGUGUUCAUUUAUCCUUGUUGGUCAGUGUUUAUUUCAAAGCUGUUAACUUCCACAAUGCACUUUCUUGAGGAUGCAAUUUGCUCUGUAACUGCUUACACAGACUACUGUUCUAAGUUGAGUUUCAAAUAUUAAGUUUAUUUUUCUUUAUUCAUGUCUGGGUUUUGUUUUUUGUUUUUUUGUUUUUAAUUUUGUGUGUUGUCUUCUGUGAUUUAUGCAGUGUAAUGCUUUGCUUUGUGGCUGGUAUGGCAAAGAUCAAACCCUUCCAUUGUAUUGACUUUUUAAACCUCAAAUUUGUCAAGGGCUCUACCAAUGGACCUGAUGUUUCUUUUGAAUGUGGCCUUAAUUAGCAGGCUAGCUGAAGGGUCUGCAAAAGUGCCAAAUUUUGGUAUGAGUACAAAGACCCUGGCCUUGUUUCUACAAAAUCUGAAUUGCACUGUGUCGAUUAAAUAUUGCUGCGUCACACCCAUAAGUUUGUUUCUUCACCAAUAGUUAUGGUGCCUUCUGUUUUUUUUUCAUUUUAAUGCAAGACUGAUCUGUUCUUUUAAACAGAUGAAUUGUAUACAAAAAAAAAAAUCUUUAUCAGCAACCCUGUGGGUUAUUUUUCAAUAAAAGUUUUAAAAUUUAA